AUGUCCGCGACGAUAUCAGCAUCACUCUCAGAGAAACGUACAAGGCGAAAACCGAAGCGCUUCGCGCCUCUGAACCCUGACGUCCAGCACGAUCCUCACCUCCCCAGAUUGAAAGGAAUUAUAUUCGACGUCGACGGCACAUUAUGCCUCCCGCAGAAUUACAUGUUCAAAGAGAUGCGCCAAGCACUGGAUAUCCCACGAUCAGUCGACAUCCUUGACCACGUCCGCUCGUUGUCCAACGAACCCGACUGUAAUCCCCCUUCGAGCGCUCAUUCAACUCUUCCAGAACGGUCACCUCAAUCCUCGACGGACACCUCUCAGCCACCUUCUGCGGACCUACUUUCGCCAGCCCUCCCCGACACUACGACCGAUAUAUCCUCAGGCGGAGAGACUGCUGCCGCGGGCGCGUCUUCGUUGGCGUCCUCGCCGGCAUCACAGCAAUCCAGUCCGCAAUCCCGCGCCGUGGCGGCAAUUCAAUCUAUUGAACGUAAAGCAAUGACUUCGCAACGGCCUCAACCAGGUCUCCAGUCGCUCAUGUCCUACCUUCAGCGACGAAAUGUGCGCAAAGGAAUUUGUACACGCAAUUUCCCCGCCCCGGUCCAUCACUUGCUGGACAGUUUCCUGCAAGGCGAGGAAUUCGGGACGUUUGAACCGAUCAUCACGCGCGACAGCGAGGGUGUGGCUCCCAAGCCGAGUCCCGAGGGAAUGUGGCGGAUCGCGGAACACUGGGGCCUACACACAGAAGACCAGGAUGGACUGGUAGAGUACAUCAAGGCCAACGGCGAGGGCGGAGAAGGGGAGUUUGAUCCUUUGGAAUUGGCAAAACGGUAUCUGGGAAGCGGAUUGAUCAUGGUGGGGGAUAGUCUUGAUGAUAUGGCGGCUGGGUAUAGAGCUGGGGCGGCUACGGUGUUGCUUGUCAACGACGAGAACCAGGACUUGGCGCGCCAUGAGUACACUGGGAGGAGUGUGCGGCGGUUGGACGAGCUGAUUGGGAUUCUUGAGAAUGGGUUCUCAGAGGACGCUUGA